CCAAGACUUCGUUCAUUCUACCAGUGAAAGUUUGCGUCUGAAAUCCAGGUAAGUUGAAUUAUAGAUCAAGAUCUUGGUAUAUUCUUCACUUCGACUUGGAACAUAAAACGUUUGGGCUGCGUUGUGUAUUUGGACUUUUGCUUAACCAUCUGAUCGGAAAAUGAGUGCCAAGGCGGAACCGGAACUGAGCUACUUGUUGAAGCGCCACCUGUCUGCGUUUGAGGAGAAGUUCUCAGAAGCCGACGCCGACAAGAGCGGAAGUCUGUCGGUAGCGGAAGUAGCGGAAGUUUUGCGCAAGGCGGGCUUUAAAGGAAAUGACGAAGAGCUACACGCGAUUUUCCGGUUCGCAGAUACCAACAAAGACGCUGUGAUUUCUCGCCAGGAAUACCUACAGGCCGUGAAAAAGGCGCCGAAAACGGGUUUACAAGAGAUCGUCUUGCGCCGCGCGUUCAAGCGUUACGACAAAGACCACAGUGGGUUUCUCACUCGAGAGGAGAUCAUAUCUAUUACGUCAUCCGAGGAGGCGGGAGUAAACCUGCCUGCGGAGAAAAUCGCAGAGAUGCUGUUGUCCCUGGUGACUGACGCCGACAAAAAGAUUAGCUUCGAGGAGUUUCUAGUCCACUUCCGGUACCAGCAGACGGCCUCGUAUCUACGCGACCUAUUCGCGCGCAUCGACAAGGACAAGAGCGGCUUCCUCACCAAGGCGGAAAUCAUCGACGCCAUUAAGGCAGACGAGGAAUUGUCAUGCAAAGCCGGGAACCUUGCCGAGUUGUUGAUCAACUUCACUCGGGACCAGUCCGACAAAAUCGAUUACGAGCAAUUCGCCAAGAUCGUCGCGAGUCAAGCCCGGAAGUGAUUUUAUAAAAGAAAAAUGACGUUAUCAUUAUAUGCGGAAUUCGCGAACAAUAUAUGCCAUCAUGUGAAAUAAUGUGUAGCCUGUAGAUAUAAUUUACAUUGUAUGUCAAUGUAUCUCGCACUAGUAUAAUCGUUCAGAUUACACUGUAUGUCAUUGUAUCUCGAGCUAGUAUAAUCGUUUAAUUUUAUUUGUGGCAAUUGCUUACAAAAUAAUGUACCUACAGUUGAAUUACAUUUUUGAACAAUU